GCUCAACUCGCAUCUGAUUCUCUAUAUCUUGUUAAGAGCCCCUCACACGGAUCCUCACCAAUGCCGACCGAAGAUGCCACCCAACCGUGUGCACAACAAGAACACUUUCUUACUAAAUUCUACUGACCUUCCCUGAAUCAGUUUUCAAUCAUUCAAAACAUCCACUACGAUGUCACAAUUUCCCAUGCGACCGGAGUACGACGGCCCGGGCGCGACAAUUAGCCGACGGGGAUUUACCCGACCGUGGACUCGGAGCAUGUCCGGCGAUACCCCACACAUAUAUCACGACACAUCCAGCACCUCUCCGGCGGAACAUCCACCUCUACCUCACGCAUACGCAAAAUGUCUAUGACCGUGGUAGACAGCAAUCAACCCCGGGAGGGCUUUCCGCGCCCGUUCCCGGGGACCCCCAACAACGUGCUCGAGCAGUUCCAGAUGGCGGGCAAGGUGGUCGUUGUGACGGGCGCCGCCGAUGGGAUUGGGUAUGCGGUGGCGGAAGCGAUGGCCGAGGCCAAGGGACACGUUGCGUUGUGGUACAACUCCAACAACGUUGCGGUAGAAAAAGCAGAGGUUCUGGCGCGAGACCACGGGAUCAAGGCGGUCGCGUAUCAAGUUGAUGUGUCUGAUCCGGAGAAAAUCCACGCCGCGUUGUCGGAUGUGAUUCGUGACUUUGGAAAGAUUGACGUCUUCGUCGCCAAUGCGGGAAUGGCAAUUUCCAAGCCUAUUCUCGAGCAGACACUAGACGAGUACAGGAAGCAGAUGUCCGUGAACGUGGACGGAGUGGUCUACUGCUCCAAAUUUGUCGGUGACAUGUUCAAGCACCAAGGGUUCGGCAACCUGAUCAUCACCUCGAGCAUGAGCGCGCACAUCGUAAACGUGCCGGUGGACCAACCGGUGUACAACGCGACCAAGGCGUUUGUCACGCAUUUCGGCAAGUCGCUGGCCCGCGAGUGGCGGGACUUCGCGCGGGUCAACAUCGUGUCACCGGGGUUUUUCGACACGAAAAUGGGGGCUGGGGAGGACUGCGUGCAGGAGGCGUACCGGAUGGCGGUGCUGGGGCGGCAGGGGAACGUGAAGGAGAUCAAGGGGCUGUACCUGUAUCUGGCGAGCGAUGCGUCGACGUAUAUGACGGGGAGUGAUUUGCUGAUUGACGGGGGGUAUGUUCUGCCUUAGCUGUCUGGUUGUCCUAACCUUCAUCAUUAGGGUGGCAAUAUAGGAUUGAUGUGAAGG